UCAGGCGGGGUUGAGGCGGCAGGGCCGACAGUCAGAAGGGGGCUGGUCAGUCAGCCGAGGGGGUCGUUCAGGUGAAGGGUCAGUCAGGAAAGGGGGUAGUCAGGCGAGGUGUCAGUCAGGGGGGUCGUUCAGGGGAAAGGUCAGUCAGGAGAGGGGUUGGGCGAGGUGUCAGGGGGGUCGUUCAGGGGAAAGGUCAGUCAGCUGAGGGGCCAGUCAGCCAAGGGGUUAGUCAGGGGGGUUGUCAGGCCAGGGGGCAGGCAGGCAGGGGGGUCUUUCAGGCGAAGGGUCAGUCAGGCGAGGGGUCAGGCCCCUGGGGGUCGUUCAGGUGAAGGGUCGGUCAGGUGGGGUGUCAGGCAGGCGAGGGGUUAGUCAGCCAAGGUGUCAGUCAGGUCGGGGGAGCAGGCAGGAGAGGGGUCAGGCAGGCAGGGGGGUCGCUCAGGUGAAGGGUCGGUCAGCCGAGGGGACAGGCGAGGGGUUGGUCAGGCGAGGUGUCAGGUCGGGGGGAGCGGGCAGGCGGGGGGGUCGUUUAGGUGAAGAGUUGUCAGCCAAGGUGUCAGGCCAGGGGUUAGUCGGCUGAGGUGUCUGGUCAGGGGGGAGCAGGCAGGCAAGGGGGUCAGGCAGGAAGGUUGUCGGGUGAAGGGACGGUCAGCCGAGUUGUCAGGCGAGGGGCUAGUCAGCCGAGGUGUCGGUCAGGUCAGGGGGAGCAGUCAGGGGAGGGGUCUUUCAGUUGAAGGGUCAGCCAGGCGAGGGGUCAGUUAGUGAAGGGUCAGCCCGCCGAGGUGACAGGUGAAGGGUCGGCCAGCCGGGGUGACAGGUGAAGGGUCGGCCAGCCGGGGUGACAGGUGAAGGGUCGGCCAACCGGGGUGACAGGUGAAGGGUCAGCCAGCCUAGGUGUCAGUCAGGCGAGGGGUUCGGCCGGCCGGUCAGUCGGGGGCCGGACAUCUGGCGGGAUGUUCAGCUGGCUGGGGCGUCAGGGGGUGGGUCGGGAGCGGGCCGGGGCUGGAGACGCGGUGCAGACGGUGACGGGCGGCCUGCGCUCGCUCUACCUGCGCAAGGUGCUGCCCCUCGAGGAGGCCUACCGCUUCCACGAGUUCCACUCGCCCGCGCUGGAGGACGCCGACUUCGACAACAAGCCCAUGGUGCUGCUGGUCGGACAGUACAGCACCGGCAAGACCACCUUCAUCCGGUACCUACUAGAGCAGGAUUUCCCGGGCAUGAGGAUUGGUCCGGAACCCACCACGGAUUCUUUCAUCGCCGUGAUGUACGGGGACACCGAGGGAAGUACCCCGGGAAACGCCCUGGUCGUGGACCCCAAGAAGCCAUUCCGCAAACUCAGUCGCUUUGGAAAUGCUUUCCUGAACCGGUUUAUGUGCUCCCAGCUCCCUAAUCAAGUUCUGAAGAGCAUUAGCAUCAUCGACAGUCCUGGUAUUCUUUCAGGAGAGAAGCAGCGGCUUAGCAGAGGGUACGACUUCUGUCAGGUGCUGCAGUGGUUUGCCGAGCGGGUGGACCGGAUCAUCCUCCUCUUCGACGCUCACAAGCUGGAUAUCUCCGACGAGUUCUCGGAGGCCAUCAAAGCCUUCCGGGGACAGGACGAUAAAAUCCGCGUGGUCCUGAACAAGGCCGACCAGGUGGACACUCAGCAGCUCAUGCGGGUCUACGGGGCCCUGAUGUGGUCCCUGGGCAAAGUGAUCAACACGCCGGAGGUGCUGAGGGUCUACAUCGGUUCGUUCUGGGCCCAGCCCCUGCAGAACACCGACAACCGGAGGCUCUUCGAGGUGGAGGCCCAGGACCUCUUCCGGGAUAUCCAGAGCCUUCCCCAGAAGGCCGCGGUACGCAAGCUCAACGACCUGAUCAAGCGCGCCCGGUUGGCGAAGGUUCACGCCUACAUCAUCAGCCACCUGAAGAAGGAGAUGCCGGCCGUCUUCGGGAAGGAGAACAAGAAGAGAGAGCUGAUCUGCAGGUUACCCGAAAUCUACGUCCAACUGCAGCGAGAAUACCAGAUCUCAGCAGGGGACUUUCCGGAGGUCAAGGCAAUGCAGGAGCAGCUGGAGAACUACGACUUCACCAAAUUCCACUCCCUCAAGCCGAAGCUGAUCGAGGCCGUGGACAACAUGCUGAGCCACAAAAUCUCUUCCCUGAUGAACCUCAUCAGCCAGGAGGAGAUCAGCCUGCCCGCCCAGCUCGUGCACGGGGGAGCUUUCGACGGCACCUCCGAAGGGCCCUUCAACCAGGGCUACGGGGAAGGCGCCAAAGAAGGGGCCGACGAAGAGGAGUGGGUGGUGGCCAAGGACAAGCCCGUCUACGACGAGCUCUUCUACGCCCUGUCGCCCGUCGACGGCAAGAUCUCCGGGGUCAACGCCAAGAGGGAGAUGGUGACCUCCAAGCUGCCCAACAGCGUCCUGGGCAAGAUCUGGAAGCUCGCCGACUGCGACAGCGACGGCAUGUUGGACGAGGAAGAGUUCGCGCUGGCCAAGCACCUCAUCAAGAUCAAACUGGACGGCUACGAAUUACCCAGCUGUCUCCCGCCUCAUCUCGUCCCCCCGUCUCAUAGGAAGGCUCUGUCCAACUGAAGAGCCGGUGGCCGGACUGGGAGGGGAAGGGCGAGGAGGGAGGUUGGGUUGACCCGGGGGCCGGAGAGAAAGGGACAGAACGGGGCCACGACCCGGCCUCCCCUCCCCUCACCGGUGUGUCCGGGAGCCCCGGGAACCUCGAUCGGGGGUGGGGGGUGGUUCAUUCGAAUUAGUUGAGAGGAUCCCUGUAUGUAUCCAAAAAACCUACUGUAGCUGCUUUUCCCUCCCCUCAUAGCCGGGGGUGGGAGGGGAACGUCCUUAUUUAUUUGUUCGCUUUAGGCGGCGUCCCCGUGUCUGCGAUGAAGCCGUAGACGAGAGGGAAAAACCAGCUCUCCAACAACUCAUCAGCGAUCUCAGUCCUGAGGAGAAGAAAACGUCGCCGUUCCAACCCAGCCCCCGCCCCGAGUUCCCUGAGGAUUGGGAUUUUAAUCUGGGUCCGAAUCCGGGCAGGGAGAGGCGAAUGAGGAGCACAGCUGGGCUCAGCCUAACAGGAAGACGCUUAUGAGGUCACGGUCCCUGAAGCUCAUCGGCGGCCACCUCCCCUGCCGAUCAAAACCUCUCUCCCAGAUGUGUCUCUCGCACACACCCGGGCUUGGCAAAGCCUUGUUCCGUGCUCUUGGACUCCAGCAGGCAUUUUUAGAGCCCCAGCAGUCGGUCGUUUUCGCGGACGAUAUCGAUGGAACCAGUAUCAGCGUGGGACGCCCGCCGUGCCGGGCCUCUAAAGAUGCUCUCAGCCUACCUCUCACAUCCACUAAUUCACCGCCCAGUCCGUCUCUCUAGCAUGACCAUCCUCCAUCCCAAAGGGCAGGAGUGGGGCCCCGGAGAUUUGGUUCAAAGUUUCCACACCUCGGCCGCUGACAGCCUUUGAGACGCCGUUUCCGUUACCGGGUUCCCCGAGAUGCGAAGGACCGGAUAAAAACCUCAGCUCGGAGGCAGGAAAUCAUUCUUCAGAGGUCAAGCGGUGGGUAGAGCUGCGGCCAACAAUGAAUUUGGGAUUUGUCAUUCGUCCUCACGAGUGACUACUACAAUGGAUGUUUUCCGAUUCCAUUCCUUGUCGCUCCCGCCCUCUCGGGGCCUUUGUCGUCAGAGCGGACGCACGUGCCCUUCCUCCCCGAGCACCGGUCACGUUGCUCUGAUUUAUGAAGUUAGAUGAUGGAAGGGUGGAGGGCCCACCCAACCGGGGUCCCUCCAGGCCCACCAAGUCUGACCCGGGACCCUCGGGGACGUCUGCCCCCCCCCCCCCAGGAGGGGUAGGAGAGGACCAGAGAAAACCGAGGCUUUGUCCGGAUCUCGGCCCCGACUUCCUUUCUAGGUCACGUCGGGUCCUCUGAGGGAAUUAAGUGGUUAGCAGGGGCAGGCGCAGAAGAGGAUAUACGAGUCGUAGAAAAUCCGUUUUCAAAUUCCGGAGAGAAGAGAAGCUUCGGAAGGCGGCAGAUGCCAUGGAGGAGAGGACAACCAGAACCAAGUCCCGGGAAGAAACCCUAGCCUUUGCUGGAAAGGAGUCUGCAGGGCACCGGCUCGGGGACCAGCCCUGGCGCCUGCCUAAUCUAAAACCCACCUUUCGGGUCAUAUUUGGCAAGGGGAUCAUUCCCUGCACGAUGGAGAGCUGGAAGGGGAGGUGCAGGCUGGCACAGGAGGAGGAAAGAAUGUCUCACCCGCCGCCUCCUGGCUAGCGCCACGGCCGUCUCACGCCCGGAGGACCGGAAAAACCCUCCAACCUGCCGUGUGGCUGGCCGCUCUUCCCCGGUCCUGCCCUCUCCGCUCGGUCAGCCGCUCGAGCCGAAGUGUCGAUUGAGCGCCCGCCGUGACCCGAGGACGUAGCCUGGCCCAGUGGAGAAAAUCUGGGUUCUAAACCCGGCUCCACCGCUUUUUGAGCUGGGGCCAGUCGCUUCACUCCUCCGAGCUUCAGUGACCUUAGCUGUAAAAUGGGGAUAAAGUACCCGUUCUCCCUCCCCCUUAGACUAUGAGCCUCUUGUAGGGAAGAGACUGGGUCCAUCCCCAUCUUCUCGCCCCCCUCCCGGGGCUUAAUACACCGCAGGGCACAAAGUAAGUGCUUAAUAAAUACCAAAGUGAUUACUAUUAUUGUUACUAAACGCUUAAGAAUACAGAUGGGCUCAGGAGAUGUGAUUGUAUACAGCAAGAAGUGCUUGGAUCAGUGACCUUUCCUCAAGGCCUGCCCACCGGGGCCUCGAUCUCAAGACUCUCGCCUUAGCUCCCUCUGCUGCCUUCCUUCAUCACGAAGGGGUACGAGAGCACGGGGCGGCACCUGAGGAAGAGAUGGGGGACUGAGGCCGCUGAACUCCCAAACUGCAAAGCUCAGGAGGAGAGGAAGGAACCCCUCGGAGGGAAUAGGAGGCAGAAGCUUCUGCAGCUGAGGUGGUGUUUAAAAUAAAAAAGAAGAAAAGUUGGAAAUCAGGCUACAGUCCCCCCCCGCCCCCACGCCCCUAAGUAAAACUCUACCGUGGGUUCCUGCUUCUUCAACCAAUCCCACCCCCAGGAUAAGUCCCCAAAGGAUAAACUUUACUAAAUUCCCGCUCAAGUAGCCUCCCCGGAGUCCCUGAGGAGGCCAGAGACGGGCCCUGCUUCCAGCACUUUCCAAACCCCUUGUGCCCGGGCUCCCCUCCUGAAGGUCUCUUCCCCGGAGAUUUCGUAAAUCAGCCCCCGAGCCGCCUUCCUCCUUAGGGUCUUCUCCGUUCUUCUGGUCGUUCGGCUUCUGGGCUCCCGGGUGUCGAUUUCAGCUGAUUCUCAGGGCUCCAAUAUCCGCCGAUCCCUGCUGCUUCCCUUCCUGGGUGGCUCGUGAGAAGCCAGGCCGCCAGGGCCGAAAACGUUCUGCCCACGGUCCUCGUGAUCGGUUCUCGAGGGUGGGGAUGUUUCUACCUUGAAAACUACCUUGAGUUUUCUCCGCUGCCUUCGGGAAGGGGAGUGGGCGACUGGAGGAAGGAAGAGCCAUCAUUCCUUCCUCGCUCUUCUCCCCUUCUUCCCCUGUCUCGGGAAGCGGUCUCUGAGAGGCGCUCGCUCCGUACCGUUCGCGGGAAACCUGAAUGCCUUCGGUCCUCCCUGCCGCUGAUGCCGAACGCGACCCGGCCCGCGUCCUGGCACGUUAACCUGCCUGCUGGUUUCCUUGCACCUCGUAUUGGGUCUAAAGUUCACCGAGGAGAAGCGCAGUUUCCUGGUUAUUCCAGCUGUUCGGUGCCUGGGUCCCCCCGGGAGUGACAAGGCGCCCGGGUGACCUGUCCCCUUUCCCCUUUAACAUUUUGUUUCCCUUGUCUCUGAGUAAUGCACAGUACUGAUAAGGGAAAAGGCUUCCAUUCAUUUCCCCUAAGCAAUUGGGUGUGAAAAGAAGCAGCUUCCCACCAUCCAAGCUCGGUGUGUUCCAGGAAGGUAACUCUGAUGCCGAUGAUCUAAUAUGCUUCUAUUUUUUAAAAAAAGCUUUAUAAUCGUUGUCUGGAAAUGGUUUUAAAAAACCCCUGCUGAUAAUAAACUUCGAAAAACAAA